AUGGCAGAAGCCAGUAUCUCAUGGGCUGAAGAUCAGUUCAGCUGUCCAGUGUGUCUGGAUCUACUGAAGGAUCCAGUGACGAUUGCCUGUGGACACAAUUGCUGUAUGAGCUGCAUGACAAACUGCUGGAAUCAGGAAGAUCAGAAGGGAAUCUACAGAUGUCCUCAGUGCAAACAGACCUUCAAACCAAGACCUGUUUUAGGUAAGAAUGUGGUGCUUGCUAAAAUGGUGGAGAAACUGAAGAAGACGAGAAUCCAAGCUGCUGCUCCUGCAGUUCAUCGCAGUGGAUCUAGAGAUGUUCAGUGUGACUCCUGCACUGGAAUUAAACAGAAAGCAGUGAAAUCGUGCCUGGAGUGUCGAAGCUCUUACUGUCAAAAUCAUCUUGAACAGCAUGAGAAUCUCUUCAGAGGUAGAAAACACGAUCUGAUGGACGCCACUGGACGAUUGCAGGAGAUGAUCUGCCCUCGUCAUGAUAAAAUGUUGGAAAUUUACUGUCAUACUGACCAGCAGUGUAUUUGUACGUUGUGUUCGGUGGAAGAACACAAAAACCAUGACACUGUAUCAACUGCAGCAGCGAGGACAGAGAAACAGAGACAUGUGGUGGAAAAACAGAGAAACUUCCAGAAAAUAAUCCAGCAGAAAGAGAAAGAUCUUCAGGAGCUGAGAGAGGCUGUGGAGUCUCAUAAGCACUCUGCACAGACAGUAGUGGAGGACAGUGAGAGGAUCUUCACUGAACUCAUCCGCUCCAUUGAGAAACGUCGAUCUGAGGUGAUGCAGCUGAUCAGAGGUCAGGAAAGAGCUGCAGUGAGUCGAGCUGAAGAACAACUGGCACGAUUGGAACUGGAGGUCAAUGAGUUGAAGAGGACAGAAGCUGACCUGAAGCAGCUUUCAGAGACAGAUGAUUAUAUUCAUUUCCUUCAGAGUUUGCGGUCUAUCCGUGGUUUAACAGGUUUAGCUGUCAAUUGUCAUCUGUCUUUUGAUGCUGUAGUGAAAACUGUGCUUCAACUCAGGGACAAACUGCACCAGUUCUCCAGAGAGACUAUAGAAAACAUAUCUGGAACAGUGAAAACCAUCCAGAUCAUAGGUGCUCCUGAAUAUCAGACCAGAAAGGAGUUCCUACGAUAUUCCCGUCUGUUGGCUCUGGAUCUGAACUCAGUCAAUAACUGGCUCUGUCUGUCUGAAGGAAACACAGUGUUGACUUUUGCAAACACAGAUCAGCGUUAUCCUGAUCAUCCAGCCAGAUUUGAUCAUCAGUGGCAGGCGUUGUGUAGAGAGAGUGUGACGGGACGCUGUUACUGGGAGGUGGAGUGGAGCGGUGAUGGGAUAUCAGGAGUGGGUAUAUCAGUGGCAUAUAAGACCAUCAAGAGGAAGGGAAAGAGUAAUGAGAUCAUAGCUGGAUGUAACAAUCAGUCCUGGAGACUGUACUGCACUCCCACUUUCUGCUCAUUCACACACAUUAACAUUGAGACUGUUCUUCCUGUAACCCGUGUGUCCAGUAGAAUAGGAGUGUAUGUGGAUCACAGCUCAGGGAUUUUGUCCUUCUACAGCAUCUCUGACACAAUGAGCCUCAUCCACAGAGUCCAGACCACAUUCACUCAGCCGCUCUAUGCACUAGAUGGAGUCAAGGAAUGCGGGAAGCGUAUGAGAUUGCUAAAGAAAACAGCAAAAAGGUGGCUGAGAGAAACAAAAGGAACCACGAAGGAAAAGUAAGGAGCUCGGUGUUGCACCCAGGAGAUCGUGUUCUGGUGAGGAACCUCACACCUAGAGGAGGGACAGGGAAGCUGCGGAAUCAUUGGGAGGACGCGAUACACACAAUUGUUCGCCGAGUGGGAGAAGA